UGACUCGGUCAGUUGAGAUGAACGAUUCGUCUCAAACACUUAGGUAACCAUUUUCAGGUCUUCCCUACUUUGCCUUAGACGGUUACUGAGUGCAGCUAGCUGCCUAGUCGAAUAUAGUGAUGCAGAUCCGCUGGCACUACCUGUCCUGCCACAAACGGGCAGAUUUGCUCAGUUAAUUGUUAAAUUCGUUGUACACAAAGUUUUCACAGUUUUGCAAAAGUUUGGUGGAGAAGAAAGAUUGUGCAUGGAUGCUGUCAAUUUGUUGAUCGGUAUGACAGAAGCAUAUGCAACAUCUCUGGCAUCAGCACCCGAGCUGUUCGAUCAUCUAGCACAACUGGAUAUAGCUGCUUUACCUAGCAGAACAUUGCUAAUGAAAGCUUUGGUGUUGAUUGGAGCCGCGACAAACGACCAGUCUUUGCAAGAAAACAUGUCGGCUAGGAUUCUUGACCCACUUGGGCAGCGAUUUGCCGCAGCUUGUCAGCAACCGCCCAGCUCAGAAGUAGAUAGUCAGCUUGUGGAUCUCAUUCAGUGCAUGGACGGUGUGGCGAGAGCUAGUCAGCCACAUUCAGCAGCUAUACUAUUCAAAUUCCUAAGCCCUGUAUUGGAGAGCUGCGUGCCGCUUAUGAAGUCGCGCUCGUAUUCUCAACCCAUAGUAGCAGCAAUCUUAGUACUGAUUCAGAAUAUUACUACUAAAGUUUCCAUAUAUGUGGAUGAUAAGGAGGACUCUGCUACGUUAUACCGCACUAUCGUUAUGAUUGUUGAUGUUUAUCGGUCUGAGCAAGCUUCACGCUUUGUUGGAAUGACGGAAAAUGAUGAAGACAAAGGAAGUGAUUUGGUGCUUUUCUUGGAUAUCCUGUCUAAUGUUUUGUCGAAGGAUAUUCUUGAGGGUGGCGAGGAC